AUGAUCUCGUCGCGGCAGGAGCUGCUGGUGGCUCUUCGCGGCCAGCCACGAGAGCUCGCAGCGAAUUCGAACGCUUCGCAGCGCGAGGCUGCCUCGUGGACACAGCCACCGCAUCCGCCGUUCAUUUCGGAGGACGCGUUUGAUCCAACGGACGAGCUGCCAUGGGUGGAGAAGCUCCUCCAGCUGGCAGCGUGCGUCACGGAGAUCCACCGCUUCUCCCGCCGCCUCCUGGACGCCCGCAGCGCCGCCAUCAGCGCAGCAGCAAGAGCGUCGCUCGCAGCCGCACUCCCAGCCUCACACUCAACCUCAGCCACAGCACCAUACAGCAUUGCUGGAGCGACGGGGGGGAUUACCUCAGUGUCAGAAAGUGGGCGGGAUGCGUCGCACAGGGUGCUGGCAGGGGCGGCGGGGGGUGCGAGUGGUCUGCAGUGUGCGUUAGCGACAUGUGUGGAGGAGGAGGCGCUGCUGCCGUACACACACGAGGUGGACCGCCUCUUCUCCUCCCCACUCCCCGUGCGAACCAUCUGGGCCAAGCUAUCCGUGUAUGAGCAGCUGCUGACAGGCCUCGUUAGAGUCACAUCCGCUAUAGAGCAAGGCAACAUCACAGGUGCCCAUCUGCUGCGCUAUCUGGAGCAGGAGAGCAGCUUCGGGCCUAUCAUACUAUCAAUUGCUCUCGACGUGUGCAUCCGCCACUGUCAGCGCGUGUGGGUGGGGCAGCUGGCGCACUGGAUGGCGUUUGGCGCCUUGCCCCCCGAUGGUGGCGCUGAGUUCUUCAUCUCCAGGGCGGCACCUGCUGCCCCACCAGCACCCGGACCCGGUGCAGUGGUGGAGAGCAGAGCAGAGAGGACGAACGGCAUCGUUUUCUGGGACGAGUACAGCAUCAAUGAGGUGGGGCGGAUGGACGUGUGGGGGGGGCGGAUGGGCGUUUGUGGGGCAGAUGGGGACGUGCGGGCCCAGCUGCCGCCUGACUUUGCACCUGAGACAGCGGAGGCGGCGUUGUUUGUGGGGCGAGCCAUGCUGCUGCUGCAGGAGGCAGGGCGGCGCAGUGAGAGCGAGCUGAGCGGGCGAGGGUCGGGCAGCAGCAGGCAGCGGAAGCACGAGGCAGACGUGAAGAGAAUCCUCGACAGCGUGCUGGCAUUGCGCGUGAGUGUUUCAAGAGAUCGCAUGCACGAGGCAGACGUGAAGAGAAUCCUCGACAGCGUGCUGGCAUUGCGCGUGAGUGGUCUGCAGAGGAAGGGGGGAGCUUGUGGGGCAGCAGGCAUGGCAUGCAGGAAGCAGACGUGGAGAGAAUAUUCCACGGUGUGUUCACUCUGUGGUCCAGCCACCAUCCAUCGUCCAGCACAGCAAGAGCCACCCAUGGAGGGGCGCACGAAGCAUGCAUGGGACGAGCAGCGGGUGCAUGAGGUGGUGGAGGCAGCGAGGAAAAGAGCAGCGCACCGCCUGUGGCAGCUGGUGGUGAGGGAGAGCGACCUAUUUGGUCAUCUGCACGCCGUGCAUUACUUCCUGCUGGGCGGAGGGGGCGCCUUCAUGCAGAGCGUGUGGCAGUCGCUGAGGGAGGUGCUGGCACAGCCAGACGUGAGGGCCAGGGUUGCCAACGACAAGCUGCAACUGGCCGUUGAGAAGGCAUCAGCAUGCAUCGGGGAGGAGGCGACUCUCAAGUACUUCCGCACAUUCUCCUUCAAGUUCAUCCCCCCUGACCUGACAAGGCCUCAACUGUCUCUGCAACCAUCAGCCCAGCCAUCCGCUCAGCCCGUGGCAGCGUUCCUCUUCCGCCUGCGCCGCGUGGCCCUCGAGCUGCAGCUCGCCUGGCUGCUGCUGUGCAAGGUCAGAGCCGAGGGGGCCAGGAUGCGAGGGCUGCCUGAGAAAGGGCCGCGUGGCAUGGUGGCUGGGAGGGGUGAAGGGGUGAGAGGUGGAGAAGGGGGUUUCAGAGGGGCAGGGGUGGGAGGGGUUCAGGGGAAAGGUAGAGGGGAGGCGGUGGGGAGCGGGAGGGGCGAGGAGGAGGGGCAGAUGAAGCGGACUUGGUCGCUGCCAGCUGGCAGUGGGGAGGCUGUCAGGAGUGGUGGCGUUGAUGCUGGCCCUGCUACCGCUUCUGCUGCUGGUGCUGCUGGUGCUGCUGGCUUCACUAGAAGCACAAGUGUGGCGGCAGGUAGCGUGGGAGGGGCGGGGAGUGGGAGAGGAGGCAGCAGCGGUGUGGUGCGCACAUCGCUGGGGGAGCGCAAGGAGCAUCUGAUGCUGUGCAUGAUGCUCAAGGAGAUGCUGCAGAUCGUCACCAGCCUGCAGACGUACCUCCAUGCGGACGUGGUGGAGGUGGAGUGGGCGGCAUUCCUCGCCUCUAUCCGAGCCAACCCCGACUUCUCCUUCCUGCUUGCCGCCCAUGACCGCUUUCUCGCAUCGUUGGAGCGCCACGUGAUGCUGGGCAACACGCACUUCACGCGCCCGCUGCACUCGCUGCUCGUGCUCGCCAUGAAGCUCUGUCGCCGCCUCCACCACUCUGCACCGCUGCCUCUCCCACUGCUGCAAGACAUGCGCAAGGAGCUGGAUGCGAAGGCAUGCGCUUUGUAUCUGUCGGUGGGGAUGCUGCACCACUCUGUAUCAACACCACAAGUGCACAAGCUGCUCACACAGAUCAAUUUCAACGGCUACUACUCGCUCUCCACUAGUUGA